GCUGCUGGCCUUGCACGGCCCAGACUGGUCACCGCACCCGUUCUCCGCCGCAGACUGGCGUCCACGCACUCGCACGACGAGCAUCAUCACGAGGAGCACCACGGCGAGCCCCAGGAUGCCGUCGCGUACCCGAAGGAGGACUUCUCGUCCCCCAUCUGGCGCAGAUUCGCGCUCGUCGGCCUCGUCGCAGUCGGCUUCUACAAGUUUGCGCCUUCUCCCGACGAUGACAACUACGUUUCGCGCUUGAUCGCCCAUUACGCGACGCCGCAGGAGGUCUGGCAGAGGCUGACUCUGCAGCAUUUGCUGUUGGCAGUGCAGGUAUCGGACGACUCUUUGCUAGUCGCAGACGCGCAGAGAGCACCCGUCCACCGCUAUCGGUACCCUCAGUGCCUGGAAAUGGCUUCUGCUCAUUUGCAGCCUGUUGGAAUGCGGGUCGAUUUCAGCGGCGUCGUAGCCAAA